GGUUAAUUGACAUGGAAAGACGAUACUGGUUCCGCAGCUAUGCUUUAUAGAAAAGUAUUUGGAUGCCUCGAACAGAUCCGUUUCAUCCGUCCAUCGGCAUUCCACCUGGAGAGUUGUGGUCGAGAAGGUCCCUGGAGUGACUGGCAUGAAAUAGGAGCUGUGGCAAUGACCUCGGAAACCAGGCGGGACUUGGGACCAAAGACAGGGUGGUUCUCCCUGGUUCUCCGGGUUUGUUGGCUUCAGUGGACAUCAGCGACAUAAGGGAGACGGGUGGUAAAUCCAGGUGUCUUCAGCUCGGGCCGCUCUCUUGAGCUCUCUUGAGCUCGGGCCAUCCCCGCGCCGGAUCGCAGCGUUGUUCUCCUGUCCGCCUAAGCGCCAUGGCUGUGGGCACCCUUGAGGAGGCCAAGGUGAAGGAGGUGAAUGGUUCCAGGCCCGAGGCCACCAAGCGGCCCUCCGUGCGCACGGCCGAGGGUGGGGCGCUGGCACAUCCAUUGUUUAAGCGCGCGGCGGAGCGUGCGGCCUCGUCGGUCUUCGAGAGUUGCCCUGAAGCAAGCACUGCGGAGUACAAGUCCGGAGAGGCGUCGAGCCCGGAGGCGGCGUCGCUCUGCGUCUUUGAGAGCACCCCGAGCACUUCCAGAGCUGACGCCGUGUCCGGGUACGCACCUCACACUGAAAGUGCGAGGAAGCUCAUCGAGGAGGCUGCGAAGGAAGCGGAGCAGAACCAGUUGCGGGGCGAGGAGGGCGCUGGGAGCUUGGCUCGCGAGGCGGAGGAGCUGAUCCAGAAGGCCGUGGAGCAAUCAGAUGGGGGUGCAGCCGCCGUGGUCUUUGAGAGCGUGCCCCUCGAGAGCGUCGCCCACGCACGGCACGACACGGAGAGCGUGUGCAGCGAGGAGGAGGUGACCGAUGACGAGGCCUAGGGAGACGACAACUGAUGGGCUACAGCUGACCUUUGCUCAGCAAGCGGCUGUGGGGUGUGUCCCGCUAAUGCGAGGGGAA